AUGAACUCCUGCACGGGGUACCAGAGGCGGGUUCGGAGCCCGAGGCUGCUCCACUCGGUUCUGCUGCUCGUGCUGCUGCAGUCUGAAGCUCUGAGCGCGAGGAAGCAGAGAGGCAGCCGCUCGCAGCCGCGCCGCGCGCAACCGGCGCCGCCGCCGGACCGGGCCGCGGCGACCGAGAGCUUCCCCCUGGACUUCACCGCGGUGGAGGGGAACAUGGACAGCUUCAUGACGCAGGUGAAGAACCUGGCGCAGUCCCUGUACCCGUGUUCGGCGCAGAAACUCGACCACGACAUGAAGCUGCACUUUCUGGAGAACGCGUCGGUCACGUGCAACGACGGGAGCCCGGCAGGGUACUACCUGAAGGAGUCCAAGGGCAGCCGAAGAUGGCUUAUAUUCCUGGAGGGGGGCUGGUACUGCUUUAACAAGGAGAACUGCGACAGCAGGUAUGAGACCAUGAGGAGGCUGAUGAGCUCGUCCACGUGGCCCCAGACCAGGACAGGUACCGGAAUCCUGUCUCCACUACCUGAAGAAAACCCUCAUUGGUGGAAUGCCAACAUGGUGUUCAUCCCCUACUGCUCCAGUGAUGUGUGGAGCGGGUCCUCCACCAAGACCGACACAAGUGCCUAUGCCUUCAUGGGGGCUCUGAUCAUCAGGGAGGUGGUGAAGGAGCUGCUGCCCAAAGGCCUGGAGAGCGCCAAGCUACUGCUGCUGGCUGGGAGCAGCGCCGGGGGCACAGGGGUUCUGUUGAAUGUGGACGGGGUGGCGGAGCAGCUGGCUGAGCUGGGCCACACGGAGGUGCAGGUGAGGGGGCUGUCGGACUCGGGCUGGUUCCUGGAUAAUCAGCAGUACCGCAGCACCGACUGCGUGGACACCAUCAGCUGCGCCCCCACUGAGGCCAUCAAGAGGGGCGUCAGGUACUGGGGCAGUGUGGUCCCGGAGCGUUGCAGACUGGCCCAUGAGGGGGAGGAGUGGAGCUGCUUCUUUGGGUAUAAACUUUACCCCACACUGAAGAGCCCUGUGUUUGUGGUGCAGUGGCUGUUUGACGAGGCCCAGCUCACGGUGGAUAACAUCCAUCUCACAGGCCAGCCGGUGCAGGAGGGGCAGUGGCGCUACAUUCAGAACCUGGGCAACGAGCUGAGAAACACGCUGAAGGAUGUCCCGGCCAUGUUUGCUCCCGCCUGCUUAUCACAUGAAGUCAUCACCAGAACGUACUGGACAGACAUCCAGGUGAAGGGCACCUCUCUGCCCAGAGCCCUGCAGUGCUGGGGCCGCAGUCUCCAGGACAACAGCGAGAGCAACAAGGCCCCGCCCAGGGGCUGUCCCGUGCAUCUGAUCGACAGCUGCCCCUGGCCGCACUGUAACCCCACCUGCCCCACCCUCCGGGACCAGCUGACGGGGCAGGAGAUGAGCGCUGUGCGGUUCCUCAUGCACAUGGGCUUCGACGUGCAGAAGAUGGCACAGCAGCAGGGCCUGGAGCCCAGCCAGCUACUGGGCAUGCUCAACAGCGGGAGAUAG